AUGACAAGACCAAUUUUAAUUUCUUACCCAGUUUCAAUAUUAUAUAAUAAAUUCAAUAUUCAUAAUGGAUUAAAUACAAUUCUUGAGAUGAUUUACCCCAUUGGUUCAAUAUAUACAUCAAUGAAUUCAACAAAUCUAGCUGAUGUAUUCGGUUUCGGUACAUGGCAACAAAUAACCGAUCGUUUCCUCUAUUCUGCUAAUAGUUCAAAACAAACCGGUGGAAGUAAAAAGAUUACUGGCGAAAAUUUACCUGCUCACACUCAUACAGGAACGACAAACUUUUCUGGCGACCAUAGCCACUCAUUAAGAGACCACCCAUUAUACAACUCAGACUAUAAAGCUGGCUAUGACGUUUUAUCUCCAUCUUAUAACAAUUCAGCAAGAAAGACUUUUCGACCAACUGAACUAGGAGGAAAUCAUGUCCAUACUUUCACAACAAAUCCAACAGGCUCGGGUGAAGAUUACAUGCCACCUUAUAUGACAGUUUAUGCAUGGUUUCGUGUUCAAUGA